UUGCGUUUGACAUUUCAACCGCAUGUUAAGCCCAUUGUGAAUGGAUUGGUGAAUUCUGACAUUUCGUUCCGUCCAUCUUUCUUUUUUUUCUGAGUCGUCUUCACUGUGAGGUUAGUUCGACUAAUUCAAUUGCCCAAAAUUAAAAAUGGCCAAACCAAAGGUUGAAAAGAGAAACAAAUCGGCAAUCAAUGAAGUUGUGACCCGUGAAUGCACAAUUCAUUUGUCGAAACGCGUACAUAAUAUCGGUUUCAAGAAGCGUGCACCACGCGCCAUCAAAGAAAUCCGUAAAUUUGCCGAAAAGGAAAUGCGCACCAAGGAUGUUCGUAUUGACACCCGUUUGAACAAGCACAUUUGGUCAAAGGGUAUUCGGAGCACACCAUUCCGUGUACGUGUUCGUUUGGCCCGCCGACGAAAUGACGAUGAAGACUCAGCCAACAAAUUGUACACAUUGGUAACAUACGUUCCAGCUGAAACAUUCAAAGGCUUACAAACAGAAAAUGUUGAAUCAAACGAUGAAUAGAUGCGAGGCACAUUUCAAACACCACCAACUAUACAUAGCCGAAAAUCCAAUCGAAUGUUGUUUCUUUUGAUUUUUAAUUUUAUACAAUCAACAACAUAUCUGUAUGUUAUGGCGAUGAGAUUUUAAAUAAAAAGAAACAAAUCAACCAAGCAAAA